GUUUUAUUCAUUUUGUUUAGUAAACACUCCGUAGCAUUUUAUCCAAGUUUAUAUUGAAAGAAAAAUUUUCCUUUCGAUGUACGAAAUAUCGAAUAGUUAAUCGAUUAUGUUUAAAACUCAACAACGAAGGCUUCUAUUGGCCUCGAUCACUAUACGUAAAUUAAUGGUGAGAGAUAAGAUUACUCGUAUAUCUCAAUCAUACGAAAUGGAUCAGCCGCUAACAAAGGAACAAACUUUAAAGAGUAGAGACAAGUACAUUGGAAAAUCAUGUACUCUGUUCUUUCGAGAAAAUCCAUUGAAGAUUGUCAGAGCUAGAGGACAAUAUAUGUACGAUGAGAAUGAUGUAGAAUAUUUGGAUUGUAUUAAUAACGUUUGCCACGUUGGUCACUGCCAUCCGGAUGUAGUUAAAGCUGGAUCUGAGCAAAUGUCUAUAUUAAAUACAAAUUCCCGAUAUUUGAAUGACAAUAUCGUACUAUUAGCUGAGAAAUUGUUAUCCACGUUUCCUGCUCCUCUCUCCAGAGUUUUCUUUGCAAAUUCGGGAUCAGAGGCAAAUGACUUGGCACUACAAUUGGCAAAGGUACACACAGAGGCGCAAGAUACUAUUGUUUUAGAUCAGGCUUAUCAUGGGAUCACCUAUGCAGCUAUGGCUAUCUCACCGUAUAAAUCUAUUUCAAAUAGACCGGACUGGGUUCACAUAACUUCAAAUCCUGACAUUUAUAGAGGAAAGUACAAUACUUUGAAAUACAAGGAGAAUGAAUUGGGAUUAUUAUAUGCUAAAGAUGUUGAGAAUUUAGUAAAUGAUUUAAAUAGCUCGAAUCGUAAGGUUGCGUGUUUUGUUCACGAAAGUCUACAAAGUUGCGCUGGUCAAUUAACUAUGCCAGAGAAUUAUUUAAAGAACGCUUACAAAAUUAUCAGAGAUAAUGGUGGCGUUUGCCUUGCUGAUGAAGUUCAAGUUGGAUUUGGUAGAGUUGGAAAAUGUUGGUGGGCAUUUGAAUUAUCCGACGUUGUACCGGAUAUAGUAACAAUUGGAAAACCUUUUGGAAAUGGGCAUCCAAUUUCAGCUGUAGUUACAACCGACGAGAUUGCUAAUAGCUAUCUAAAAAGAGGUCCAUCUUUUUUUAGUACUUAUGGCGGAAACCCGGUUUCUUGUAAAGUUGCCCUAACUGUUAUUGAAACAAUAGAGAAAGAGAAUUUAAGAGAAAAUGCAUUGAGAGUAGGAGAUAUUUUGAUAAGAAAGGCUAAGGAAUUGCAAAAAAAGCACAAGUAUAUUGGUGAUGUUCGUGGAAUUGGAUUUUAUAUUGGCAUUGAAUUGGUGAGUGAUCUUGAACAAAGGAAACCAGCAACUAGAGAAGCUGAGUGGAUUAAAAAUUUUCUCAAAGAGAAGCAUAUUAUAAUUAGUCAUGAUGGACCGGAUGAGAAUGUCUUAAAAUUCAAACCACCGAUGUGCUUCAGCGAGAAAGAUGCUGAUAGGCUAAUAUCGCAACUUGAUGCGGCUUUGACCGAAUUGGUAAAAAUAAAUGAAAAUACACCAUCUACCAUUUAGAGUUUAUCAAGAAGAGAUGCUUUUUUUAUUUUAGCUCUCUCUUUCUCUUACUUAUUAGAAGUUAAUUAGUUAUUUUGUAUGAUUAAAAUCUUUGCACACCAUUAACGAUAGUUUCUAUCAUACUAUAUUAACAAUGAACUCUUUAUUAACAUUUCUCUAAUUUGUAUUGUCUUCUCUUAUUGUGUGUUUGUUUGUUUGUUUUUUCCUUACUUUAUUAAUAUCUUCGUUAAAGAAGAGUUUAGAGUAAAGAAAAAUGGGAAAUACACAAUUUAUGUGCUUUUAUUGAGAUUUGAAGGUUUUUUAUACAACUUAUUAAUCAAAAGCUGUAAAUGCUUGUUUAUAUCUUAGAAUAUGCAAUGUGCUCUCUCUCUCUCUCUCUCUCUCUCUUCAUCUCUUCCUCUUCGUUUCUCUUUAUCGGAAAAAACUACUUUCUAUUUUGCAAUAAUACAACAUAGAAGUUAAAAUAUUUCAAUGUUUUCAUUAAUUUCAUUCGUCAUCUUCCGCAUCUCCAUCUUCACCGCCAUCUUCUACAAUAUCCUCAACCGCUUUAUUCUCCGCCUUAUCCUCGUGGUGUUCACUCUCCUUUCUCUUACUUUCGUGAUGCUUAACUUGCGAAGUUUCGGCCUUCUUAUGAUGAGUAGGCGGAUGAUGAUUAUGAUGACCUUUGUCAGAUUUUUUUCCAUCAACCGAAUUUCUGCGUUUAGUCUGAGGUUUUAUAUGAUGCUUUACAUUUGGAUUGGAAUGCUUUCUAUCCUUUCCCUUUUCCUUCUUUACAUCCUUUUUAUCGGUAUGCUCCGCAUGAUCAACUGAGUUUGUUUUCUUAAUCUUUUCCACUUUCUUGGGCAUGUUUCUCCAGAGUGUUGUAAAUUUAAAAUAUCCAAAUAACAAUGUGAAGAAGAUUUCAGUCAACUCUUGUUAUUUUAAUGAACGAAAUCUGCUGUAAAAUUUAAUGAGAGCAAUUUACCAGAUACACCACCUAGCGUUCAAAAAUGUGAAAUAAAUAAACAAUCUGCCUUAUUUGGUCUAAA